CACAAACCAAAAACGGAGAUGGAAACAAAACAUUCACGUGUUGAUGAAGAUGAAAAUAGAAAAGGUCUGACUGGUUUCUAAAUAGUGUUUGCCAAACAACAAGACUCUUUAAUCCCAAAUUGAAACUGUCACAUAGCUCCUGGCUUGGCUAAUGAAUGAAGGAUGAUGGCUGCAGGUCUGUUCCCAUACCUACGACAUGUGAGAGCAUCUGUUUUGUUGCAUGAUCCAAUGAUCCAGAUUAUGUGGAAGUGUUCGCCAUCUGGGAUUCAUCACAGUGUGUGUUUGAAUAAUGUUACAAAAACAUUAUUGAGAGAAAAAUCAACAUUCAUGCCUAAUAGAGUUAAAAAAAGACUGAACAUUAUUUUAGAAAAUAAAACUUAUCCGGGGACAAAAGUUGCUGGAGGGAAAGGGAAGAAAUCAAAAGGAACUAAAGAUGAAAAAACACAAAGUCAUACCGUUGAGGCUAUAUCUAAGGUGUCAGCUAACAUAAACAGCGAGUCAACCUUGGUUAGUCUUCAAGGAAAUCAAAAUGAACCUGAUGAAACUGUUAAGAGCAAAGAAAACUUGAAGCCAUUUGAACUAAAUAAAAGUACACCUUCAGAGUCCGAUAAAAGCAGCAAGGUUGCUGGUCUUGGUUUCGUACGGAAGUGUUGCCUUUACAGUCCACUGGAUCAGAUAAAAGUUAACAGUGAUCUGAAUGGAGACCACAUGAAGUAUAAAAAGUUUGUAGACGGUUUGUCACUGAGUUCUAUUCCUUCUGUAACUACUAUUAUCAAUGCAACCAUGCCCGACAAUGCCAGAUAUUUCUUAAAUCGCUGGAAAAAACAGAUGAUUGAGGAACUGACUGAAGAAGGGUUCAAAAUUCACCAGAAAAAAACUUUGGACCUUGGGAAGAAUCUUCACUCCUGUAUUCAGAAAUAUCUAAACGGAGAGAGCAUGGAUGACCUCCCUUUAGGGACAGAAAAUAAAGGUCACUGGAGCAGCCUGGCCCAUGUGUUCCCAGAUAUUAGUGAUGUUAGGGCUGUGGAGGUGGAGGUCAGCCACCAGACAUUGCUGUACCAUGGAAAGUUUGACUGUGUAGCCAAAUACAGGGACAUGCUGUGUGUCAUAGACUGGAAAACUUCAAAGAAAGCCAAGCCAUUGCUGUCCAAUACAUUUGACAAUCCCAUCCAGGUGGCUGCUUAUCUUGGUGCCAUCAAUAGCAGCAGACUCAGUGUAGGAGGGGAGGACACAAAGAUAAAGCAGUGUGCACUGGUGAUAGCCUACCCCCAUGGAGACCCUGCCCAUGUUCAUGUCAUGGAUUGUGACCAGGUCACCACCUACUGGCACCAGUGGCUGGACCGACUCGAACACUAUUGGGUCUUGAAAUCAAACAACAAAGUUCCAGCAUGGAUAUAAAAAAUAUUUGAAUUCUUCAUAAGAAACUAAUAAAAAACUGAAACUUAACAUGUUAGUGUGAAAAUAU